GUGUCUUGAAUCUUUAUGACUGUUAUCUGUUUUGAUUCUUAUAAUUGAGUUGCUCAUGGUUUUUUUGGAUCUUGGUCUGUUUUUUUUUUCUAUGUGGCUGCAGUGAGAAGAUAACAAAAAUGGUCCUUUGUGUUUGAGGGUAGGUUCAAAAUAGUGCUUUAAGUAUGAACUUAACAGUUUUGGUCCUUUAAGUUUGCCAAAAGUUAACACUUUUAUCUCCAUCUAAUAUUUGUCGAGCUCUAUCUAUAUUUGUCGGUUUGAGCCGAGGGUCUUUCGGAAACAGCCUCCUUACCUUCCAAGGUGAGGAUAAGGUCUGCGUACACUUUACCCUCACCAGACCUCACAUUGUGGGAUCUAACUGGGUAUGUUGUUGUUGUUGUUGUUUAUCUAUAUUUGUCGGAAACAGUGGAGAAAAAGGUUUAAAUAUAGGCGCCAAGAAAGUCCCAUCAAAUUGUAAAAUGUGCAACACAAAAAACUACGCUUAGACACUACAAAAGAGUAGAUAUUACACCUCAUCAGACCCUCGAAAUAAAUUAAAAAUAGUAGAAACUAUAAAAAAAUUACCUCUAAAUAUGAAUUCCAGCUAAUUUCCUUUUUUCUUUAUAGCUCCCGUCAAAUCUAGACAGAAUUCUUUAAUAAUUGACGGUGGCUAAAAAUAUUAACUUUUAACAAAUGUAUACUUAAGAGACUAUUUGAACCUGCCUCAAAUAUAAUAUUAUCAUUUUUGUUAUUUUCUCCAGUCUGCAUUAUCUACUAGUAUUUAAUUAGGUGCAAGAUUAGUAGUCAAACUAGCCAUAUGGAUUGAAACAGAUGGAGCAUUAAUUUCCAAAAACUACCUAUAGGAUGUAUAAGUAAACACUAGAGAGGAAAACAACUGAGACAAAAAAUGGCUUCAAAUUUCAUUGAGCCAACAGCUUCCAAAAUUGUUGACAAGUUAAACUUGAAGCCAAAUCCAGAAGGUGGUUUGUAUACUGAAACAUUUAGAGAUAACUCAGUUAUCCUCUCCAAAUCUCAUCUUCCAUCUACAUAUAAGGUUGAUCGACCUGUCAGUACAUGCAUUUACUUCUUGCUACCUUCUGGAACUGCGUCUCAUCUUCACAGGAUACCAUGCGCAGAAACAUGGCAUUUUUAUAUGGGAGAGCCAAUCACGGUGAUGGAACUAAAUGAGACUGAUGGAAAGGUGAAGUUAACUUGCAUUGGACCCAAUCCCCUUGUUGAUGAUCAACUGGUUCAGUACACAGUACCUCCAAAUGUAUGGUUUGGCGCAUUUCCCACGAAGGACUACAACAUUUCUGCUGAUUUGCAAGCAACAAAAUCGCCUGCAAGGGAUGGUGAGAAGCAUUUCUCUCUUGUUGGAUGCACCUGUGCUCCAGCAUUCCAGUUUGAAGACUUUGAACUGGCCAAACGUUCUGAUCUUGUUUCGCGUUUUCCUGCUCAUGAAUCCCUUGUCUCGUUGCUCACCUUCCCUGAGUGAACAUGCUUAUCGUGUCUUUGUUCUUUCACCACUUCCUUUGUGAGAUCUGUAAUGGUUCACGGAACCUAGUAGCUUUUGCACGGACCUUAUAUAUAUAUAUAUAUAGCGAGAAAUCUACUAAACAUCUACAAAUAAAUGACGGGAGAUACUUGCUUGUUUCCUGUUUCGUCUUAGUACUGGUGUGUAAUAUGUUCAGAGUGGCAAUAAAAGGCAAUCAGUUAAGUUA